AUGCAAGUAAUAACAAAUAAUAUAAUAUUUAAAUUAAUUUUAAAACAUUGUUGGGAAUUUGAUGAAAAUAUUCAAAAAGAAUUUUUCUGGUGCCCGCUUUUAAAUGAGAAUGUCGAAACAAUUUACAGCUAUACAGAAGAAUACAAUCUCAUCUCAAAACCAAACCCAAUAUACAAAUGGAAGAUAAACUUAAUGUUUGUUUCAAAGAAUUUUUUUAGAAUUAUAGCAACCUCUUUUCCCUUUCAAAUUUCAUCAAAUUCGUUUUAUUUACAUUUUAAAGAAGAGUUAGAGGAUAAAGAAAACAAUAACAAUAAUUAUGAAAUUAAUUUAAAACUAUUAAAUAAUCGUGAAAAUUGUAAUAACAAUAAUAGUAAUAAUAAUAAUAAUAAUAAUAAUAUCAAUUUAUUUGAAGAAAACUAUCAAACUAUUAAUAAAAUUCAAAAAAAUUAUUAUUAUUUUAAAAAUAUUUAUGAAAAAAUGGGGGUAGUUAGAUUUAAAAACCUAUUCAAAGAUGUAAAACAAUGUCAAAUUGAAUACACACUAGAUGAAGCAAUAGAGCUUGAUAUGGAUAUUAUUAAUAAUAUUGGAGAUAGAUCAACAGCUUUCAUAUUCAGUUUUUUGUUUUUUGGCGAGUUAGAAAAAAUAUUUGAAGAUACAUUCCGUCCAAUUUCAAAUUCAAAUUUAAAUAUCGAAACAAUAGCUGUAUGGAUCAACCCUAAUACAAGCUAUCGUGACCAUUCUUUUUCAACCAAAGCAUUAAAAAUUAUUACAUACUGCAAAAAAACAUUAAAGAAACUUUAUAUACUCGAUCAAGCACAUUUAACUCAUUUUUCAUAUGUUUUAGAAGACCUAUUUUCGGUAGAGACCUUAUUUCUUGGGGCCACCUGUCAUCACACUUUUGGUAGACCAAUAUUUAAUUUAAGAGAUUUUAAUACAAUUAAAGAAAUUACCUUUCAGUCCGAAUUAGAGAUCGAGUACUUUCAUUACCAUAUGGAUGGAUUUUCAUCAAGAAAUCCUAAAAUCAAGCAUUUCAACUAUAAUAUAUUAGCAAAAAAUGAAUUUUUAGGUGAUCUAAGUAAAAAUCUAAAAGAACUCGAAUCUUUAGCUUUUUGUACAGAUAAUUUAGAAUUAGAUUUUUUUCAACUAACCUUACCACCAAAUUUAGUUCAGCUAUCUAUUAAAAUUCAAGAUUUAGAUUUCACAACAACUUUAUAUAAUAACGAUAGUGUGGAGAAUUUAGCACAAUUUUUUAAAAAAAAUAAUUCAAUUAAAUAUUUAAACUUUAUAUUUGAAAAAGAUGCUAUAAUCAAUAGUAUUAGGAUGCUAAAGGUUUUAUUUAACCAAGCCCUAAAUAGCUUGGAAUGCAAUAUAGAAUAUCUAUCAAUUUCAUAUAAUGGACCGCUAGAACCACCAGAAGAUCUAUUAAAAAAUGUUCAAGAUCUAUUAGACUCUAUAGGAAACAACAAUUCAUUAAAAGGAAUAUUGUUCUAUUAUGGUAUAGAUUCCAAACAAGAUGUAUUAUUAUUCCCAGAUUUAAUUAAAAACUAUGAAAAAGACCUGCUAUCGCCAAUAGACUCGUCGGUGUAUUAUAAAAGAUUAAUAAACUAA